AUGAUGGGGAUAAUUUAUGCUCGGUCAACUCAUGUGUUCAACAUAACGUCAGUUAAUAUUCAAGAACAGCUCAAGCAUAAAUCAUGGAACUGUAAUAAAAUUGGUUUUUGUUUGUCUGAGAUUUGUGGAUGUAAAGCGCUUUUGUGCCGUAGUGAGUGA